AUUAGGUUAUCAGAGAGCAAUUGUGGUACCUUACAUUAUACGUCAAAUAUAUUAUUAAACUUGCAAAAUUUUGAAGAUAUCGAUAUCAAAAGUAAGGCAAAUGUUAUAUAAACUGUUCGAUUUGCGUUUGGUUGACAAACACUAUUUACUACCGCGAAUAUACGUGUUCUGAAAUACUCAGACGUAUUUAGUAAAAUUUAUUAUUUGUUAACUUAGUGUUCUGGAUAAAUAACAAACUAACAUACGUUAUUUACAUAAGUUUCAAUUAAGCGGGUAGUGUGUUGAAGAUCAAAGUUAUGUUUCGGUAUUUUCUGAAGGAAUUUAUAAGAAGUCCGUGGAGAGAACCUGGUCCAAGUGAAUGGAAUGAAAGUAUGUAUGACGAUUUAUGUGAAGAAAUAGGAAAGAUAAGUUUCAACGAAGAAGGACGAAAAUGUGGAAUACUUUUAUGCGGACCAAACCAAUCAGGGAGGUCAUCAUUCGUAAACACAGUGAUCAGUAUAUGCAUAGGUCGGCCAGCAUAUGUUACGAGAGCGAUGUUUUCGGAGGAAAUUGUCACUUAUCAUCAUCUACGCCUGGCGGCUUACGGGCGCUUGAACAACUUCAUGAUAACAGACACAAAGGGCCUUUUGGAACCAAAAGGUCGUGGCCUGAAUGUGGAUGAUGUACUUAACAGCUUACGGGGAAAUAUAAAAAAUGGCUAUAAGUUUGAAGAUGAUCCAAUAGAUAGGGAAAACGAAUACUUCUAUAACGCAUCCCCUAGCAAAGAGGACGAAUCACAUUGUCUUGUUUUUAUCGUUGGUGUGAAUAGCCUUGAAACAUUUCCAGAAAAGUACUUAAACAAAAUAAAAGAGAUUGUGCGUAAUAUGCAGGAAAACAGGUACCCAAUGGUCCUUAUUCUAACGAAAAUGGACCAAUAUUACCCAUACCUUCAAAGAGAUAUUAGAUACAUGUUCAAAAGUAGCAUUGUACACGAAGCAGUUCUCAAGGCGUCAAAGAUAUUUGGAAUUCAGGAAAGAGACAUUCAUCCAGUCGUUAACUUUACAAAGGAAAUCCGUUUGAAUAAAAUAAAAAGCAUUCCAGUAUUACUUGCUCUCAGACAAAUUUUGUAUUAUGCCCAAGACAGGAUUCACGCAAGUAACUAAUGGAAAUCUUCCGACAAGGAGAAGAAAGUUGAUAUGUUGGCCAAAAUCAUGAAUGCGUAACGAAUAUGGCUAAACUUCAUAAUUCCACGUGUGCUUAUAUCUGUAAAUAUAAUCAUUAUUUAUCUGGUUUCCUCUACUAAUGAAGAUUACGACAUACGUAUUUAAGGAAGCAUAUUAUGUAAACAGAAAAAAAAACACAGAUAUUUUUAAAAGCCAUUAAGCAUUAGAUAUAUCAAUGAUACAAAUGCUGACUUUUAGUUUCUUUCAUUCAGAUAGUCAGUAAAUCAUACUUCAACCGUAUAUCACACGACUGAAGACAAAGACUGAGGAAAUAUUGCUCAGAGAUCGAUGGAGAUUCACGCGCGUAAAAAUGAAUGCUACAAACCGUUUGUCUUUCAGUAACAAAACAUGUUCUUUACAUUUGACCAGUGUAUUUAUUAUCAGAAUAUAUCUGGGAUUAGUUUGAUGAAUUUAAUUUAGCUCGAUUACUUCAA